CGCCAUAUUGCGGACCUGUCAGCGGCCACUUUCUGGCGCGUCUCCGGCAGCGAAGCUGUAGCAGCACCAGCGAGGCCCUGACGGAGAGGCGGGACGUGAGGGAGAGCGCGCACGGGUGCGCGCCCCUCAGCCACGCUCGGAGCGGCCCUGCAGCGCCUCCUGGCCGGCUGCGGAGGGGGCUGCGCGGGCGCCGUCGUGGUGGUGGUGCGUGUGUGACUCCCCGUCUCCCACCUCCGGCCCCGCCGCUUGGGACCCAAUCCUCUUUCCUGGAAGCAGAGAAGAAGAGGAAAGCGAAGAGCUCGCCGCCCCCGGGCUGCCUCAGCCUCCGCAGCCGCCAGAAAAGUACAAAGAUUGUGGUACAGCAGAUGAUUUAACUGAACCAGAAACACAGAAAAGGGGGGAAAAUGCCGAAACCAAUUAAUGUAAGAGUCACCACAAUGGAUGCAGAGCUGGAGUUUGCCAUCCAGCCCAACACAACAGGAAAACAGCUUUUUGAUCAGGUUGUAAAAACAGUUGGCCUACGGGAAGUUUGGUUUUUUGGACUUCAGUAUGUAGACAGCAAAGGAUACUCAACUUGGUUGAAGUUGAACAAAAAGGUAACACAGCAAGAUGUAAGGAAAGAAAAUCCUCUUCAGUUCAAAUUCAGGGCAAAGUUUUUUCCUGAGGAUGUGUCUGAAGAGUUGAUUCAAGAAAUAACCCAGAGACUGUUUUUUCUGCAAGUAAAAGAAGCCAUCUUAAAUGAUGAAAUCUAUUGUCCUCCUGAAACUGCUGUUCUGCUAGCUUCUUAUGCUGUUCAAGCCAAGUAUGGAGAUUACAAUAAAGAGAUACAUAAGCUAGGAUAUUUGGCCAAUGACAGACUUCUUCCCCAGCGCGUUUUGGAACAGCAUAAAUUGACAAAAGAGCAGUGGGAAGAAAGAAUACAAAACUGGCAUGAAGAACACAGAGGGAUGUUAAGGGAGGAUUCUAUGAUGGAGUACCUCAAAAUUGCACAAGAUUUGGAAAUGUAUGGAGUCAACUAUUUUGAAAUAAAGAACAAAAAGGGAACUGAAUUAUGGCUUGGCGUCGAUGCUUUGGGUUUAAAUAUUUAUGAACAUGAUGAUAAGUUGACUCCCAAGAUUGGCUUUCCUUGGAGUGAAAUCAGAAAUAUUUCAUUUAAUGACAAAAAGUUUGUGAUAAAACCCAUCGACAAAAAGGCCCCUGAUUUUGUGUUUUAUGCACCACGUCUGAGAAUUAAUAAGCGGAUAUUGGCACUGUGUAUGGGAAAUCACGAGCUGUACAUGAGGAGGAGAAAGCCAGAUACAAUUGAAGUUCAACAGAUGAAGGCCCAGGCUAGGGAAGAAAAACACCAAAAACAGAUGGAGAGGGCACAACUAGAAAAUGAGAAAAGGAAAAGGGAAAUAGCAGAAAAAGAGAAGGAAAGAAUAGAGCGUGAAAAGGAAGAGUUGAUGGAACGGCUAAGACAAAUUGAAGAACAGACGAUGAAGGCCCAAAAAGAAUUGGAAGAGCAGACGAGAAGAGCCCUAGAGCUGGAUCAGGAGAGGAAGAAAGCAAAAGAGGAAGCAGAGCGCCUGGAAAAGGAUCGGAGAGCAGCAGAAGAGGCAAAAGCUGCUCUGGCAAAACAAGCUGCUGACCAAAUGAAAAAUCAGGAGCAGCUGGCGGCAGAACUUGCAGAAUUCACAGCUAAGAUUGCACUUUUGGAGGAGGCCAAGAAGAAGAAAGAAGAAGAAGCUUCAGAAUGGCAGCACAAAGCCUUUGCAGCCCAAGAAGAUCUGGAGAAGACCAAAGAAGAGCUGAAGACUGUGAUGUCUGCUCCUCCUCCGCCACCUCCUCCGCCUCCCCCUGUAAUCCCUCCCACGGAAAAUGAACAUGAUGAACAGGAUGAGAAUAAUGCAGAGGCCAGUGCUGAAUUGGCUUCUGAUGGCGUUGUGAAUCACAGGAGCGAGGAAGAGCGUGUAACAGAAACGCAGAAGAAUGAACGUGUCAAGAAACAGCUCCAGGCCCUGAGUUCCGAGCUGGCCCAAGCCAGAGACGACACCAAGAAGACCCAGAAUGAUGUCCUUCAUGCGGAGAACGUUAAAGCCGGCCGCGAUAAAUACAAGACUCUUCGACAGAUCCGGCAAGGCAAUACGAAGCAGCGCAUUGAUGAAUUUGAAGCAAUGUGAGAGCUGUUACUUUGCAUAUAUGUUCUUCAUUAAGCUUGAACCACCAGCAGAGAAAUGCAGGCCUUUCUGAAAGGAACACACCCCACCUUGCCAAAGCAUUUAUACCAGUUUGUGGUUAAAACUCAUUUCAUGAAAGCCGUUCAACAAUAAGGCAGCCUGUCCGCUCUGGCUCUCUGGGAGAGGUGGUGGCCACAUCUCCAUGAUCUCAUAUCACGUUUUGUUUUUUUAAUUAUUAUUCUUUGUCCUCUGGAGGACCAGCACCAUCUUAUACUGACAAAGCUGUUAACCUAAACAGGAAUGAUUUGCAAGAACACUAGCUUUUUACCUUAUAACUGGCCACAGUUUUUGGCAUGGGUGCACUUUGGAUUUUUCUUUUCUUUUUCAUUUUAGUGAAUUUGCAAGAACUUGCUUAAUUUAUCAGGGGUUACGGGGUGUUGUUUUUCUUCUGUUAGGUGGAGUUCUUUGGUGUUUCACGUCCUGUCAUCAUUGAUGGUUUUCUUUGCCUGCCUGUUCACAAAGGUCUAGAUGGCAGGUAGCUGUUCCAGCAUACCUUUUUUUCUCCUUAAAAAAAAAAAAGUGGAACAUUAACCUGUAGAAAGUCUUUUGCUUAUAGGUCUGUUUUACUGAAGUCAUCAGUUCUUCAGAUAAAAGUAGGAAAAACAAGACACUCUUUAAGACAGGGAUAGGUAACCUUUGGCCCUCCAGAUGAACUACAACUCUCAUCAGCCCCAGCAAGCAUGGCUAGGAAAGAUGGGAGCUGUUUAGUUCAAUAACAUCUGGAGGGCUCAGUUCCCCCACCCCUGCUCUGGGUUCUCCGUCCCUUGCAUUUUGUUAGCUGUCAUAUGAAUUGCAAUGUGGGAAACCUGGACCUUUCUGGCAAGGGAGCAUAUGAAAACAUCAGUCCCAUGGAGGGGACACUAGCCUACCUCACUACGAUAUGCAUGAUGACUGGUCUUUCAAACGCCAUCUAGAAACGCAAACUGCAUUAUGCUAGGUUUCUGCAUAGCUAAACAGUACACAAAUCUAGCAGCCUUUACUCUUUAAAUAUUUUGUUCUAUUGCAGCAUAGAUUUGUAGUAUUCAAACAGUGUUCAGCUGCCUUUUUGUUGAGUAAAAUUCUGCACCAUGUAUCUUCCAUUUUUUAAAAAAAAAUGUAACCUGGAACUGGUAUACGAUCCACUGAGAGGGGUGUGAAACAUUUGAGCAUGUUUUCUGGGUCUUGGGUUCCUUUGUACUAAAUUAACGUUGCUCUGAGGCUCAUUUCUUAAUGAAGUCUGCAUAAAACAAUGCUGCCUUGUACUUGCUUUGAGGGCCCACUUACACAUCAAGGUUGUUCCUUCCAUGAUAACUGAAGAUGCAAGGGAAUUG